AUGCUUGUUGGUUUAUGUGGAGGGAUCUGCGCGGGGAAGAACUCAGUUGCCGAAUAUCUGACAGAAAAUGUUGGGUUUGUAAGGCUGCAUCUGGCUCUACAACCAUCUCCACUACUGGAAGUCGAGCAACACGAUGCCAAAGAGAACUCUUUUGCCUGUGUGCAAUCUCUAUUGGAUUUCGUUACAAAACAAUGGCAGCAACGCUGGGUAAUGACGGAUGUGUGGGAUGAAAACAUAUUAGAGAACCUGUUAAGGCGGCCAUCUUUCAUUCUCGUUAGUGUGGAUGCCCCCGUGAGCAUGCGGUGGAAACGUCUCAAGAAUCGAUGUGAACAGCAAAACAUGGCCUCGCCAACCCUGGAAGAAUUCGUAUUUCGCAAUGAUGACCAUUUGUACAAUUCGAAGAUCGGUCUGGCUUGCCUCAUUGAUCGCGCAGAAGUUCGCCUAGUAAACCAGACGCAGUCCAUUGAUACUUUACAUGAGACCUUACGGGAUCUAGACUUGGCGAAUGAGCAACGCCUACGACCAAAUUGGGAUCAGUACUUCAUGCAACUAGCGUCCCUUGCUGCGCAAAGGAGUAAUUGCAUGAAACGGCGAGUAGGAUGUGUCCUUGUCCGCGAAAAAAGAGUGAUUAGUACAGGCUACAAUGGUACGCCUAGAAAUCUGAAAAAUUGUAACGAAGGCGGCUGUGCACGAUGCAAUGCUGGACAUAAAGCUGGUGUCAGUCUCUCAACGUGCAGGUGCAUUCACGCGGAAGAGAAUGCGCUACUUGAAGCAGGUCGAGAACGGAUCAGAGAAGGCUCUAUUCUCUAUUGCAAUACCUGUCCUUGCUUGACUUGCAGCAUCAAAAUCACUCAGGUUGGGAUAUCCGAAGUUGUCUACUCACAAGGUUAUGGCAUGGACAAUGAAACAGCGGCUGUAUUUGUCGAGGGCGGUGUCAAGCUACGCCAAUUUUCUCCACCUCGCAAAGGGUUAGUCCAUCUCGCAUAG